AUGGGCUUGCCUGCGUCGCUUUCGGUUCGCCUCGACGCGAUCGCAGCCGCCCGCCACGCGCUUGUGCAGUGGACGCACGCCAUUGCCUUGGGCAAGGCGCUUACAACGAUCGAGCUGCGCGCCUAUGCGCUGGCCUUCUACGGCGUCUUGCCGUGUCUGGCGCCGUGCGAUGCGACCGCGCCUGUCCCGAGCUGCCUCUUACCGCUCGAGCCGCUGCACGACGCCGUCGCACUACUCCACAGCCUGUGCCUGACGCAGUCGCUCGCCUCGACGAAGCGCCUCUAUGGACAGCUGCAGCUGCUCUCAUCACGGACCAACGCGGGCUGCCAACGUCUCCUCGAGUGUGCGCGGUCAACCCGAGGGAUCUACGCUGGCGUGCGCACCAAGCACGUCUGGGCUAUCCAGCCCACCGCAGUGGACAAGACGAUUGGGAACCACCAGCUGCUUUUUUACGGGGCGCGGGGCAGUGCGGCCUCCGCCAUACUCGCCCAGGGCCUGCGCAUCGAUGCGACAUCCGACGGCCGCCACCUGCGCUAUGGACGCGGCGUGUACUUGAGCAACUCGAUGGAAGAUGCGAUGACACACAUGGGCGACGGCGUCGGCGUCGGCUGCGUCUUUGUCGUCCAAGCGGCUCUGGGGGCGGUGCACACGAUCGUUGACGGCCCGACGCCGCAGUGGCAGUCGGCGCCCGACGGUUAUGACGCGGUGCGGGUGCCCGGUGCAUGGACGCCGGCGUCGUCGCGGUGCAUCGUUGACGGCCUCUCGAUGGCCCACGGUCCACUCCGUCAUGACACGUACGUUGUGUACCGCGAGACUCAAGUCCAGCUGCGCUAUGCCAUCACCUUUCAAGGUAUCGACGACGACGACGACGACGACGAGUAG